CUUUUACAUAUUCACUACGAUGAGAUCGAGAAUUGUGACCAAAUAACAUUUCUCUCUUUCUUCUUGGUGUAGUAAUAUCACAAGAUGUCUGCCCCUUCAAAGGAGGUAUGUGGAAUGAAUGCAGGAAAAAGAGGUGGUGAUGGUGAUGGUGAUGGUGAUGGUGAUGGUGAUGGUGUUGGAGUUGGAGUUGGAGUUGGAGUUGGGUGCUCUCUCACAGGGAAUAAGGAUUUCUUUGAUAUUAUUAUGUUAAAGACACAUGUCAACCCCCCUCAUCAUGUGCGUCUAUCAAAACACAUUCUUCCAAAACUCCCUGAUGUAAAGGUGCCUUUAGUUCUGAGGCAUGGUGAUAAGCAAUGGCAGAUGAUGUAUCUUGGAGACGACAAGUGGCCGAGGUUUGGGAGUGGUGUUUGGAGAAGAUUCGUGAAUGAUAACAAUCUGAAAGAGGGAGAUGCUUGUGUCUUUGAGGUGAUGGAGUCGAGCGCUCAGAUUCUGAGGCUCGACGUUGUCAUCAUCAGGAACACCAUGUAUCUGCCGCCUGCGCUGCUGUCCAAGAUUCAAUCCCGGGGAAAGACACCGGAGACAGCUAUAGAGCUUUAACUCCGCUAUUUUCACCAUUAAGCUUUACAUUUCUGUCUCUGUAGACUCUGUUGUUAACUCUGCUACUAAGUGCUGGAAUGACUGUUAAUUAGGUUAGUAUGUCAUGUGCCUUGUGGAAGGUGGAUUUAAUGUGGAUGUGUCAUCAUCCUUAUCGGAUGUAGAUUAAUUAGACUAAUAUUUUGAUUAUGAAUUUGUGUUUAUCUGAUGCAGGUUAAUCUCAUUGGCAUUU